GGAGACAGAGCAAGCAAGUGGCCUUCUGUUUUGAGCUUUUUUAAGUUUUUCCUGAAGCGGUUUUGCUUUCUCUGUCGAUGGUAUUUGGUACUUGCGCUAGUAGUUCUUUCGGUUGGCGCCAAAUGAGUAACCCAUGGUAUGCCACCCGGAUAAGAGAUGAACACUCCCCCAUUCACCUCUCCUCUGCCUGCUCUCGGUUUUUACAUACCCUUCUUCCAACUCGCUCUCCCCACCUUAAAGCUCUCGCCUUUAGCCUCAAAGGCACAAUUUUUACUUGAAUUCUCUUCUGGGCUUUCGUCAUUUGAAGCUAGUUUCAUCAAGCCUGUAACAAAUAAAUGGAACUUAGUGAUCCAAGAAGAUCACGAGGCUAUGGCAAGCCCCCGUGGAAAUUCGCAGGCAGUGCCCUGUAUCAGCUUCACCUUGUGAAAGCAGAAACAGCUCGAGCGUUCAUUCCGAAAGAGUUCAGAUUAGUUGAAGCUUUUGGAUAUACACUGGGUGGAUUCUUUUUGGCCAGUUAUGAUGACAGUCCAGCUGGGGUCUUUGAUGAGCUUGUGGUGAUUGCAGGAAUUGUAUGGAACCCACCAACAUCUUGCGCGUGGGCUGCUAAGGUGCUUGUUAACAGUGAUGAGGCUUGUGAUCAUGGACGGAAGGAUGUUGGGCUUCCAAGUCAGGUUGCCAGGUUUUCAAAAAGGAUUACUCCAGUCUUAAGGCGACCGGAGAACCGAAGGAAUGGGUUUCUAAAUAUGCUCGGUGUUGGUGCUUAUAGUCUGAAGGACCAGAUGGAUGUUCAAGUGUCUGAAAUUAAGGAUCAUUCAGCAUUGGAUGUUUGUAGGAUCAGUCUCACAACUAUAGCGCCUGCGUUGAAGGUGGACAAGUGGAGCAGCCCAGUAAUCAGAAUGUCGCUUCCUAGUUUCAGUGGUCGCACAGAGUACAAUCCCAACCUCCUCAAAUAUUCCUGCCAGAUCGAAUGCAGGGUGCGACUGGUAUGUCCAGCUCAAGUGUCAAGGCUGUCUCAUGCUUUAAGAGACGACAAUGACCAAAAUUCACGAUCCCGAGGUUCCGAUCCACUGGACUUGACGAGUGAGGAAUUCAUGGCUAAUGGGCAAGAUCCCAGUGUAUCGGUUAUGUUAUCGAAGCCCAUACUAGCUUUGGAGUUCAGAAGCCUGAAAAUGCAAGUGGAAGCUCCCAUUCUAGUGGCCCGGUGAGCCGAGAAGAUUGUUUAGGCUAUGCUUGAGUUUUGUUCUCUGUAGACAGUUCAUAUAUGGUUCGGCUAAAAUGUCUUGUACAGCGUCUUGCUCAUAAUUUUCUUCCUGUUGCUGAUAAGAGCUAUAGCACUCGAAUUGUCUUCACCCGUUUGGACCUGCAUUUUAAAAAUGAAUAUAUAAAAGCUAUUUCCGUGUGAAA